CGGCGAAUCCUGAAGAAGAGAAAAGCCAGGGUGGUCGAAGUUUUGUCAAUAAAAGCCCACCAAAAGUCCUUUUCAUUCGUGAUCGCCGAAUAAACAUUCGCACUUGCGACGUGAAACGAGACUUACGCCGGAGAGAAAAGGAGAAAGUGACGAAAGCACCACCCGGUGUUUAAUCUGGUAGUUCUACCAAUCUUUUGACUUAAGUUGACUUAGAACUUUUACAAGCAGGCGAUCGACACCAGAGAGAGUUCAGUAGGACCAGAUUGCGACCGAUCCGCAUAAGACCAGUGACUCACACCACUUUUCAAGACGUGUUCACUCAAUCGAAUUUUAUGAAUCCAUUCAGACUCGGCGACCCUUCGACACAGCUCGUAUAAAUUGUCGGCGGUACCUCAAAACUGAACACAUUCAAUCGUCUGCGAGUGAUCGCCGUAUAUCGUCCAUUUAAAUGGUUCUGGAGGUUUUAUAAAACGGUGUUUAACAGUCCCUCGGGAUCACUUAGUAACUAUUUCGUGAAUCUUUAUUUUUUUCUCAAACUUUGCUUUCGUCAGGCACUUGCAUUUCGGUUUGCAAGUUUUAUUUUCUUCGUGUAACACGACAUUGUCAUACUUCGGAACAUCCUGAUUCGAUGUCACUUUGAAUUUACAACACGGGAGAACUUCUAGCUGCUGGAGAUUUUUGUUAUAUUAACUUUAUCCCAGCGAAAAGCGAAAUCGACUGCUGCCUGUCCGAGCGCCCGCGGAAAACUCUCAACCCAUCAACGCCACUAUGCCUGCAAUGAGCGCCGACGCUCUCCGCGCCCCGUCCUACAACGUUUCGCAUCUUCUCAACGCCGUACAGUCAGAGAUGAACCGCGGGAGCGAGAAGGGAGACCCCAGCGAGAAAGGACUCAAAGUUAGACUGGAUGACGUGGAAUUGUGGAAAAAGUUUCACAAGUUGACCAAUGAAAUGAUUGUGACAAAAAGCGGGAGGCGAAUGUUCCCCGUCCUCUCGGCCAGCAUCGCCGGCCUCGACCCCAACUCCAUGUACUCCGUCCUGCUCGACUUCUCCGCCGCAGACGAUCACCGCUGGAAGUACGUCAACGGCGAGUGGAUCCCCGGCGGCAAGCCCGACGGCUCGCCCCCGACCACCGCCUACAUCCAUCCCGACUCGCCCAACUUCGGCGCGCACUGGAUGAAACAGGCCGUCAACUUCAGCAAAGUGAAGUUGUCGAAUAAACUCAACGGAAGCGGGCAGGUGAUGCUAAACUCCCUUCACAAAUACGAACCACGUAUCCACAUCAUACGUGUCGGAGGCAGGGAGAAACAGAGAUUGGUUGGAAGUUAUUCCUUCACAGAAACCCGCUUCAUCGCCGUCACAGCAUACCAGAACGAAGAUAUAACACAGCUAAAGAUCAAGUACAACCCCUUUGCAAAAGCUUUCCUCGAUAUCAAAGACAAUAGAAACGACGGACAUGAUCUGUUCGAUGAUGUGCAUGAUUUCCAGGGUUCAAAGUAUCCCCAAUUUGGUGGCUGGUUUCUGCCCGGGUCUGGAGCGUUCGGGCCGUCACCCCAUCAGUUCGCCCCGUCUAUCGGGCUACCGUCCCAUGCAGGAUGCGACAGGUACGGGGGGCUGAGGGGCCAUAGGACAUCCCCAUACCCACCCCCGCCCUACCACCAGAAGUACUCCGCCGCAGGUGCAGGAUACGGGGCCGAAGCUUCGGCUGGUCUCUCUAGCAGUAUCUCUCUCCUCGCUGCCGACAGCUGGUCUUCUCUCGCUAACUCUACAUCAGCAGCUAGCUCAAUGCCAGCCUGCAGUCAAUACGGCAGCAUGUGGCCCUCCACCGCAGCAACCUCCGGGUUCCCUCACGUCAGCUCCCCGCAGUCACCGCUCCCAACCGGCUUGUUCCGAAACCCUCACCCAACCUCGUCACACCCACAGCACAACCUCGCAUCAACGGCGCACGGAAUGGCUCCGGUAACGAGCGGUCUCCCGUCCGCCGCGGUCACAACCGCGAACUCGUCAGAAGCGCACGCGCUUGGUCAGUCCGUCAUGGCGCCAAUUUCGGUCCCCAUUUCGACCGUAGCUGGGCAUGACAUGAGCGGCUCGCCUGCCGCUGUGCACUGCCAUCAGACCGGCUACCAAGACUCGUACCACGGGGACAUUAACGGAAGCUCUGUAGGCUUGGAUGUCAGCGGCUAUGGCAACUGUCACACAUCGACUCAUCAUCAAAAUUCACCUCAUCAUCAGCUUAUUGGGAAAAGUGUUUCAUCGUGGAAUCCUCUGACCCCACCGUCUGUUUGAGAUGAACUCAUAAAAAUGAAAAGACUUUCCAAGAUACGACACCAUGUGAACUGAUUGUACAUUUUGAUUUUGAAGAAAUAUAUUCUGUAAAAAGGAGACACUUUUGAUUAGAAAAGAGAUGGUAACUGAAUGGCUGUUGAUGAUUUAAAAACUUAACACUUUAGAAGAUAGAGUAAGUAAUUUGUCUGUUCGAUGAUUUUCAGGCGGAAACGAUGCUAUCCGCAAACAAAUUUCCGUACACAUAUGGAUAGAAAAUGAUACUAACCAAACGUUCUCAUCUCAAAGAGCGUUACAUAGCGACAUGAACUUUACAAGCAACUUAUGUUUUCAUAGAUCGUAAAGGUAUAGCUAAUAUUGCUCUAAACUUUCUAUAAGAGGCUCGAUUGAUCUUAAAAUCAAAUUAUAUUCCGUUCAUCUAAGACUUGUGAUAGCUGGCUAUCGUGCACACAAAAAAUCCAUCAUUAUGGAAAACGUAUUUAGAUUUAUUUUUAAAAAGUAUAUAGUUUCAUAUUGAUUAGAUAGUUAGUUUAACUUAAAAUAUAUCCCAGUCGGUGUCAAAGUUGAACAAAUGAUAAGAAUGACCAAGUUUGUCAUUAACCUCAACAUUCAAGUCUAUUUUAUUGUAUUAUUUUAAAUUAAAUUCACUUAGGAAACGUAGGAUAUGUAUUCAUCAUUAUGAUGAACCAAGAUGUUGAUACUUAUUAAGGCCACUUGAAAGUGUUCAUAAAUUGCGAGGUAAAAUUCUCCUUUUUUUGUUAUGCUCAUUCUUUUUACCUUUCUAUUUUAACCCCCCCCCCCCCUUAUUCUUCAUCUGCUAGGUUUUCCUAUUGCUCGUAUGUAUCUUUUUCUUCGUUUUUUAUUGACGUUAUUUGUUAUUCUUUUAUUUUCCCUUUUCUUUAUUUCCUCUACGUCCUUUAGUCUUUUUAUCAAGAUCAUCUCUUUCAUCUUUCCUAUCUUGGUAUCGCAAUGUAAAUCAUAGAUUUUAAUGGGAAAAAAUGCUUAUUUAUAGAAUAAUCUUCAAGUCAAAAUAGACGAAUACAUGUCGAGUUAUUUAGGACGUGUAUAAACAGGAGGUAAUUGUAUUUGCGUAUAUGACUUAGAACAAAUUCCUUGUACAUAGGUCUUAUGAAAUCUUAGCCACUAUUUCUAAAAUAUGUAUGUACAUAUUACACGUCAUUAUCGUUGUAUAUAGUCUGAAUGCAUGUGUAUAUAAUUCGCCGAGAUAUAUAUUAUGUUGAAGUUGUCAAAUUAGAACAGUAAUACCGAUGUAUGAAAUUUGAUUAAAGUGAUCAAUGGAAAAUGUAAAC